UUCGGGAGCUGAACUUGAUUAAAGAUCAGCAGUACAGUCUGCUUGGACUUCUAAAUUAUUUCCACACAGAACUAGACAUAGGCAAUGCAAAGAAACUCACUGCCUGUAAAUCUAUGUUCAUCUUGGAUGGUUUGGAUCAGAGCAGAUUUCCAUUGGAUUUCCAGCACAAUGAAAAGGUGUCUGAUGUCACACAGACAUCGUCUGUCGAUGUUCUGCUGACAAACCUCAUCAAGGGGAAUCUGCUUCCCUCUGCUCUCCUUUGGAUAACCUCCCGACGAGCAGCAACCAAUCAGAUCCCCCCUGAGUAUGUUGACCAGGUAACAGAGGUACGAGGGUUCAAUGACCCACAGAAGGAGGAGUACUUCAGGAAGAGAUUCAGUGAUGAGGACCUGGCCAGCAGAAUCAUCUCACACAUAAAAACAUCAAGGAGCCUCCACAUCAUGUGCCACAUUCCAGUCUUCUGUUGGAUUUCUGCAACAGUCCUUGAACACAUGUUGAGUACAGACAAGAGCAGAGAGAUGCCCACGACUCUGACUGAGAUGUCCAUACACUUCCUGCUCAUUCAGACCAGCCUGAAGAACCAGAAGUAUCAUGGAAGAGAUGAGAUGGAUCAAGAGGAGCUCGUGGAGUCAGAUAAGGAGAUUAUUCUGAAGCUGGGGAAGCUGGCGUUUGAACAUCUGGAGAAGGGUAAUCUGAUGUUCUAUGAAGAAGACCUGAAAGAGUGUGGCAUUGAUGUCAAAGAAGCCUCAGUGUACUCAGGAUUGUGCACACAAAUCUUUAAAGAAGAGUCUGUGUUCUUUCAGAGAGUGGUGUACUGCUUUGAUCAUCUGAGCAUUCAGGAGUUUCUCUCAGCUGUCUACAUAUACCAUUGUUACACAAACAAGAAAAUGGAUGCACUGAAGCCCUUCCUCAAGAGAAAGUCUAGAGGUGCGUCUGAAGAGCUAACCUUGGAUGAGCUGCUGAAGAGUGCUGUGGAUAAAGCCUUGGAGAGUAAGAAUGGACACCUGGACCUUUUUGUCUGCUUCCUUCAUGGCAUGUCACUGGCAGCCAAUCAGAAACUCCUACGAGGUCUGGUGACACAGACAGAAAGCAGUCCAGAGAGCGUCGAGAGAACGAUCCGAUCCCUUAAGGUGAUGCAGAAGAACAUGUCCCCUGAGAGGUGGAUUAAUCUCUUUCACUGUCUGAUAGAGAUGAAAGACCAGUCAGUCCAGGAGGAAAUCCAAGCAUACUGGAGGUCAGAGAACACAUCCAAAAUCCUCACACUUGCUCACUGUUCAGCACUGGCCUACAUGCUGCAGAUAUCAGAGGUGGUUCUGGAUGUGUUUGACCUGAAGGUAUACAAGACGUCAGAGGAGGGUCGUAGGAGACUGCUCCCAGCUGUGAGGCGCUGCAGGAAAGCUCUACUCACUGACUGUCACUUCUCAGACACGUUAUGUGAAGUGUUGGCUUCAGUUCUCAGCUCAAACUCCUCACAUCUGGUAGAGCUGGAUCUGAAUGAAUGUUAUGGCCUGACGGAUUCAGGAGUGAAACUGCUCUCUGCUGGACUGGGAAAUCCACAAUGUAAACUGGAGACUCUGAGACUCACUGACUGUAACCUCACAGACACAUCCUGUGAAGUGUUGGUCUCAGCUCUCAGUUCAAACCCCUCACACCUGAGAGAGAUGGAUCUGAGUAACAAUGACCUGAAAGAUUCAGGAGUGAAGCUGCUCUCUGCUGGACUGGGGAAUCCCCACUGUAAACUGGGAAGACUGAGACUCGCUGGCUGUAAACUCACAGAAGCAUCUUGUGAAGUGUUGGCCUCAGUUCUCAGCCCAAACUCCUCACAUCUGAGAGAGCUGGAUCUGAGUAACAAUGACCUGAAGGAUUCAGGAGUGAAGCUGCUCUCUGCUGGACUGGGGAAUCCCCACUGUAAACUGGAGACUCUGAGCUUGUCGCUCUGUGGAGUCGAAGAGGAAGGCUGUGCAUCUCUGGUCUCAGCUCUGAGGUCAAACCCCUCACACCUGAGAGAGCUGGACCUGAGUAACAAUCGCUCAGGAGACUCAGGAGUCAGACUGCUCUCUGCUGGACUGGAGGAUCCACACUGCAGACUGGAAAAACUCAAGUAUGUAGAGGGUUUGUGUCAAUAUGUGUUGAUCAUUGACAUACUAGAGAUUGACUGCCUGUUCUCCUGCUCCCCUCACAGUGUGGAACCUGGUGGAGUGUACACAAUCAAACCUUGGCCUAGAAAAUAUGCCUGUGAUCUCACACUGGACCCAAACACAGUAAACAUAAAGCUCUCUCUGUCUGAGGACAACAGAAAGGUGACACGUAGCGAAGAGGCUCAGCCGUAUCCUGAUCACCCAGAGAGAUUUGUGGACUGUGAACAGGUGCUGUGUAGAGAGGGUCUGACUGGGCUCUGUUACUGGGAGGUAGAGAGGAGUGGGAUAGGGGCUGAUGUAGGAGUGACAUAUAGAGGAAUCAGCAGGAGAGAAGGGGGGGAUGAGGACUGUGUGAUUGGACAGAAUGACAAGUCCUGGAGUCUGAGCUGCUUUAACAACCGUUACACUGCCUGGCACAAUGAUAAUUACACUGACAUAGACGUCCCGUCCUCCAGCUCCCACAGACUAGGGGUGUAUCUGGACUGGCCAGCCGGCACUCUGUCCUUCUACAGAGUCUCCUCUGACUCACUGACCCACCUGUACACAUUCCACACCACAUUCACUGAGCCCCUUUAUCCAGGGUUUCAGCUUUGGGAUGACUCCUCUUCAAUGUCCCUGUGUCAGGUGGUCCCUGUGCCAAACACUUGAUGUUUGACUCUAAUCCUGGUUAUGUUCAGUAAGACACACUGGAACAAAUAUUGAUAUGAACUCUCUAGUCAUGAGUUAACAGAUGAUUAUUAUAUCUAAAUAUUCAUGAUUAUGCACCACUGAAGUUGAUAGACAUUGUAAAAUACCAAUGAAUAGAAUGUAUCACCACUGUGGUUAAAACGUCUCAUUUAGACAUCAUUGAUCGCGCUGUUAUUGCUUUUUAUGUUGGUAAAUAUUCCUGUCUGUAAAAUGGUUGACUAAACAAUCCUGCUUCUGUAUAAACAUAAAUUCCACUGAAUGAAAUGUACAGGUCACAGAUUUGACUAAUAAAGGUUAAUCAACCAGAUGAAAGAA